CUUUUCCAGAGUGGGCUUUGUCGUCAUCGCCUACUUUAUGAGUCCCGUAGAUGGCCGUGGGUUACUUGUUUUUCCUGCGUCUUACUGCUCACCCAAGAGUAAACCUAUUCCCAGAUAACGCCGGUGCACAGAUGCUCGCUCCACUUUGGAAUUAGCAUGUUUGUCCGUGAGCCCUUUUGCAUAAGUGCAAACACGAUUCGCUGUUCAACUAAAGACACCUGGUGCACCACGUCUUUAAUCACUCAGAGCUGGUUGUUGCUCAUCACCGAUGGGUCAGUGAUAGGUGUUUGCUCAACCUACAUCAAAGAAGGAAGGGCUGUUCUGAACAAGGAAGAAAGAACACAGAAACUAACAUCCUACACACGGGCAGACUAACAGGUAAGGAGUAUUCCAGUAAAUUAAAAAAAAAAAAACAUGUUCAAGGUGAAGGGAAAAAGCUAGUACUGUGUUUCACAUGGUUUAACAAAUUAGAACACUAAACAUUUAAAUGAAAACAACUAGUAAACCUACUAAUGUAAGAAUGAUAACAAAACAUAAUUGUUUCAACAGUCAGAAGAUGAAUAGUUCCCGUUCAGACGUCUGUUGUGCCUUUGAGUCUCCCAUCCUGGACCGGGUUCUGCCUCCAGUUCUGAUCCUGGAGUUCGUGUUCGGAUUAUUGGGGAAUUUCUUGGCUCUGUGGAUGUUCACUUUCUACAUGGACACGUGGAAGCCCAACUCCGUGUACCUCACCCAUCUAGCGGUUGCGGACUCCGUCGUACUGUUCUGCCUUCCCUUCAGAGCGGACUACUACCGGCGUGGGAAGGACUGGAUCUACGGUGACAUCCCGUGCCGCAUCCUGCUCUUCCUGCUGGCCGCCAACCGUGCGGCGGGGAUCUUCUUCCUCACAGCCGUGGCCGUCGACCGAUACCUCAAGAUCGUCCGCCCGCGGAACCCCAUCAACCGCCUGGGCCUGGGCUACGCUUUGUGGGUCUCAGUCGGCCUGUGGGGGUUGAUUUUUCUGGCCACCGGGUAUCUUCUCGCCGGCGAGCACUUUUUCUACAACAGCAACCGCACACAGUGCGAGAGUUUCAACAUCUGCAUGGGCGUCACGCCUCUCUCCAUCUGGCACAACGCCUUCUACGUCAUCCAGUUUUUCCUGCCGACCGCCAUCGUGGCGUUCUGCACCAUCAGAAUCACCUGGCAGCUGAGAAACAGGACUUUGGACAAACGGGGGAAGGUCAAGCGCGCCGUUCAGUUCGUCGCGGCCGUGGCCCUCAUCUUCAUCACCUGCUUUUUCCCCAGCACCAUGUCUCGCAUCGCCGUGUGGAUCCUAAAGGUGUGGUAUGACGAAUGCAGACAUUUCGAAGAGGCCAACCUGGCGUUCUACACGUCCGUGUGCUUCACCUACUUCAACAGCGUCCUCAACCCCGUCGUGUACUAUUUCUCCAGUCCGUCGUUCAGCGGCUCCUUCAGAAAGGCGCUGAACAAACUGCGGGGAAGGAGCGACGACAAGGAGCCGACGCAGUCGACCGACAGCAACUUUUCCACCGUUGAUGGUGACGGCAUCUGAAACCACUGGACUGGGGAAACAGCAAUAAGUGAAAACGUGUUUUACACGUUUAUAGCUGUAAUAAAAGGUAGAAAAGAUUAAAAAAAAUAAUAAUAAGUAGCGCACCUCAUAUGUAGCAAACUUGUGGUUAUUUUUUAUUUUCUUAGGCGGCGUUGAGCGGACCCGCGCGAGCUUUCUUGCCUAAGCGCGGUCCUGACCCCGUGUGCGUGCGUGCUUUCUUUCUUUAGCAACUGAAAACCUAAAAGUCAAAAAAUUGACUUAAUUUUCAAAAAAUGAAGUCUCUUAAUUCUAAUAGCAAAUGGAAAUAUGAAGCAAUUCAUAGAGCGUUUGACAAUAAGAUCCAAAGUGAAUGCUGAUGGUUCUGUUUGGUGAAAGUAAUCGACUCCAUUCAGCACGAGUGAAGCUUAAGUGGGACGUGCUCGAUAAAUGACCACAGACCUCAUUAGAAGUGUAACUUUUCUUUUUCGCGAAUCAUAAGUGGAGAACUGAUCAGAUGUCCUCCUGAACGUCAACAAUUUAUUCAGCUUUUGUGCUAGGCUUUCAAAAAAA